AUGCCCCUGAUUGCUCCACCGCCACUCACAACACGCGAGGAAGCCGACGUUCGUUGGGUUCUCCCCCAUUCCCAGCCCGGCGACCACUCUCCAUCAACGCCCGGAGCAACGUCGGCCAGCCCCUACCACCCGCCCGAGGAUCUUGUCCUCGUCGAGUGCGCUGGCGGGGCGAGCGGGCACGUGCUAGACAAGCUGACGAUGGCGGCGGCAUCGUCAAACCUUGCCGAGUACAAGCGGCUGUUCUCCGCCAUGGGCGGCAACCGCAACGGCACGGAGUGGCGCAAAGGAAAUGUUUGCUCCAAGCACCGUUUGUGA